AUGUCAGGCUAUCAUAGACGAUCAUAUCCUAGACCGCCUUCCUCUUCUCAUCGCCCUCAUGGUAGUGCUCCAAAUCAUCAAGGACCACCAUACCAGGAAGAAAGAGAACCAAGUAGAAGUCGAUAUAAUAAUGAUGGUCAAGGUUCCUUUCAAGAAACACGAUAUUCUGGAGAACGCGAAAGUAUAGGACAUCGUUAUCAACAGCCGCCUUCCCGUGUCUACAAAGAUCAAAAACAUCCAGAUUCUGGACGUGUACCAUAUGCAGCUCGUAGCAUUCGCAGAGCUAUUGAUGAACACGCGAAUACUAGGCCUCAACCAUUUUUUCCAACACGAGAUUCACGAUAUUCUCAAGGAAAUUCAUCACCAACAGCUCAUGUACCUUUGAAAAUCGCCAAGAGUGUGUCAUCAGCUGGUAAACCCGUAAGAAGUUUACAUUCUAGACCUGCUCCAAUAAUACGAUAUUCAGAGGUGACAAAUUUGACAGCAAAAUAUCAUUAUUUUGAUCCUGUGUCUAAGAAGUUGAUACAUAAAGAUGAAAUGUCUACAUGGAAUCAAAAAGGAAAGUAUCCUAUAACUGGGUUUGUAACGAUCUUAGAUUCAGAGCAACAUCCAAUGAUACAGGCAAGGAAUCCAGAAAUCAAAUCAAUUGAUCCUCGUAAACUUACUUCUCCAACAGCUUCAAUAUCUCAUCGAAAAUUAAGGAAUAACUUGACGAAUGUGGCGCGUAUAGUAUAUGACAAAUACUCAGUUGGACCGCCUCCUCCGUGUGCCAUUAUUGUAUCUCCAACUUCUAUUAUCAAUAACACAAUGAUUCAAGAUAUAUCUAUUAAGAAUUAUUUCAAGAAAUUCGGAGUAAUUUCACAUUUCGAAUCUUUUAAUGAUCCAAAUAGUGCCUUACCAUUACACAUAUAUUUGAUUAAAUACACAGCACCAAAUGGAAAACUAAGUAACUUAGACAUUCCAGUGAAAUCGGCAUACCAAGCCGUGAAAGAAUUUAAAGAGAAAGGCUGUUUCAUAAUGGGUUCUAAUUUUAAUGUCGCCUUGAAUAAAGAAAAGUUACUUGAAGACAUCAAGACCACUCUGGUAGAGGAAAAUAUCAAAAAGGCUAAACAAUUAAGCGCAGUGGCUAUCUCUACAGAAAAGAAGGAUCGGGCACCUAUUGCAAAGAACCAAAAAAUUACAAUGGAAAGGCCAAAGCGAAGUAUCCCAUAUGAUUUGGCAAGAGCUGUAAAUAAUAAGCCGUGCCUUUUUGUCUCUAGAGUCUUCAUGGCUCUCCAUGGCUUCAGAACAGAAGAUUUCAAAUACAAAUUGAGAAGAUAUAGAUAUUCCAAGUUUCUUGAUCAUAUCACAGGAUUAUAUAUUGUCUUUGGCGACUUAUUGGAAUGUAAGAAGUGUUUUGAAUUAGAAUCCGGUAAAAUGACUCUAGUAUCACGCUCUAGACGUAUUCCUAUUGAAAUUAGAUUUGUUUUAAUUCCUCCUGUUGAUCAAUUACCCACAAGAUUUGGGGGCUUCGGGAAAUCGACUAAUUUAUCACCUUCCACUUCUUCGGCAUCACAUGUUAAAGUCUAUAAAACAAAGGAUGAACUAAUUAAUGCAACUGUGAAGUAUAUUUUGAAAGAUUUGAAGAGCAUCUUAGAUACUGAUAUCAGAAAAAGAUUGAUUGGGCCAACGGUGUUUGAUACAUUAAAUCCUACCAACUUUCCUGAAUUAAUGAGUAAGAAAGAAUCUAAAGAACGUGCAAAGCAAAAUGCGAUCGAAACAGCUGCCGUGGAACAGAAGAAAUUAAGAGAAUCUACAAAUCAAGAUUUCGAUAUAUUUAAUCUUUAUGGUGGUUAUACUAGAAAAGCUAUUAAGAAGAGAAGAACAUCAGAACUCUCUGAUAUAUCAGAAUCUAUUUCAUUAAAGAAGAAAAAACUAGCCAGACCUAUGGCCCACCUCUUAAAUGAAGAUAUUGGAUCGAAAGAAAAUACUCCAACUUUGGAAUCUGCCACUCCAUUUGAUGAAUUUGAUAAUGACCAUGAUCUACUAUCUUCCACAUCAUCGAGCGAAGCAGAAGAUGGGUUUAUUGAUGAUAAGCAGAAGGUUUUGACAAAUGAAUCUCCAGUAACAACCCCAGAAACACCACAAGAUGAUUCUUUACUAUUUUCCUCAAGCAAGCCUCCAAAGGUCGAUGUUACGGCAGAUCUUUAUAAGCCAUCGGCUACAGAAUUUCCAGAAACGGUUUAUAAAGAAGAUUUAUCUAUUCUUAAAUUGUCUACCCCCUUAUCGAUCGUAGAUCUACAGAAUAUGGUUAGAGAUGAUGAAGAUCUUUUCUUAUUGAAAGAGCUUGUGGCUUACAAGGAGCCUAACACGGUUAAUGCUGCUGAUGAAUGUCUUGAAUACGCCAUUUGGAAAUUACGUGAAUGGAAGAAAAAUGACACUUUAAUAAAGGAAAAUCAAUUAAAACUGAAUGAAGUUCCUUUCGCACCAGCAUUGAAGAUCAAAAACGGGCCAUUCAAAGCAGAGAAUAUCAGAAAAGUUCCUGAUCGCUUAAAGAAUUGUUAUCUACCACAUCGUCGGAAGCUUCAUCAGCCAUUAAACACGGUUAAUCAGCAUAAUACAGAAUCUGUAGAUAAGGAAAACUCCCCUGAGAAGUUGUCAAAAAGAGAAGAUACGGUAAAGCCAGAACCUUCUGAAUCUGUGGUCGCUCAAGAAAUCUCUUCAUCGAGAGACAACAGAGCAUCGAAUAGAAGAUUUCAACAGAAUAUAGAGGCUCAAAGGGCAGCCAUUGGAACGGAAUCUGAAUUAUUAUCUUUGAAUCAACUUAAUAAAAGAAAAAAGCCUGUCACAUUUGCUAGAUCUGCCAUCCAUAAUUGGGGUUUGUAUGCAUUGGAGCCUAUUGCAGCAAGGGAAAUGAUUAUUGAAUAUGUUGGUGAAAGCAUUAGGCAACCUGUUGCUGAAAUGAGAGAAAGAAGGUACUUGAAAAGUGGUAUAGGGUCAAGUUAUUUAUUUAGAGUGGAUGAAAACAAUGUUAUCGACGCUACUAAGAAGGGAGGCAUAGCAAGGUUUAUUAACCAUUGUUGUGAUCCAAGUUGUACGGCCAAAAUUAUCAAAGUUGGUGGGAAAAGAAGAAUCGUUAUAUAUGCACUGAGAGAUAUUGCGGCAAAUGAGGAACUGACCUACGAUUACAAAUUUGAAAGGGAACUUGAUGCUGAAGAAAGGUUACCUUGCUACUGUGGUUCCGUGAAUUGUAAGGGUUUCCUUAACUGA